UUAAAUUUGUAGCGAAACAAUUCGUUUUUAAGGUUUUAUUUUAGUAGUAAUAUAAAAGGUUAUCUAGUUUUAUUUUYUUCAUCUCAAUUGGUUUGACUUAAAAAAAGGGCAUAAAAGCAGCAUCUAUUUCAACAAAAAAAAUGGCUGACUCAACAACACCAGAAGAAAAACAGGUUUCYUCAAAACAGGUUUAUCUGGAUUAUAAUGCAACAACUCCACUUGAUGCUGCAGUUCUUCAAUCUAUCCACAGUGCUUUGCGAGAUGCAUGGGGUAACCCUAGCAGCUCUCAUCAACUUGGACAAAGWGCACAUAAAGUCAUCAAAACAUCACGCAGCUCAAUAGCAAAAAUGAUUGGAUGUUUGGACACAGAAAUUGUGUUCACUUCAGGUGGCACAGAAGCGAACAACAUGGUCUUUCAUUCAGCUCUCAAUCAUUAUGAAGGAUUUUUGAAAUCUUCUACGACUUCUUCAAGGUUAAAGGAUUYUAAGCCACAGUUUAUUAUAUCAAACCAAGAGCAUGACUCGGUCUGUCUUCCKGUUGCRCACUUGAAUAGUACGUCAAAGGCUGAGGAGUGUAUAGUCAGWGUUGCAAAGGAUUCUGGGAUGGUUACAGCAAAGGAUAUUCAGGAUGCUGUCAAAUCCAAUACCUGCYUGGUGUCAGUGAUGUUAGCCAAYAAUGAGACUGGGGUCAUUCAGCCUAUUGCUGAAAUUGCACAAGCAAUCAGAAGUCUAAAUAAAGAAAGAGAGAMAGCAGGUUUGCCAASRAUUCUGUUUCACACAGAUGCYGCUCAAGCAAUUGGCAAGAUAAAAGUUGAUGUCUCUGAACUUGAUGUUGAUUACCUGACCAUUGUAGGACAUAAAUUCUAUGCACCAAGGAUAGGUGCUUUAUACRUCAGAAAUCUUGGGACUACUUCUUCUGCACCACUUUUUCCAAUGCUGUUUGGUGGAGGACAAGAAAGAAACUAUCGGCCAGGAACAGAGAACACAGGAAUGAUUGCUGGACUUGGUAAAGCUGCUGAACUUGUGAUUGAACACUUGGAUGAAUACCAAAUGCAUAUGCAAAAGGUGAGAGAUUACCUGGAGUCCAUGCUCACAGAGGUCUUUGGUGYUGACAAUAUUCACAUCAAUGGCAAGUUUUCAAUUAGCAAAAGACUUCCAAACACCAGCAAUGUGUCCUUCAUUGGGAAAGGUCUUUAUGGACGAACRAUUCUUAGCAAUACAAAGUACCUUCUUGCCAGUGUUGGAGCUGCAUGUCAUUCUGAUAGAGGCUCAAARCCCUCACAUAUCCUAGAAGCACUUGGUAUUCCUUGUCAUAUCGCUUUGAAUGCUGUGAGAAUGAGYGUCGGUAGAGAAACAACUYYKGAAGAUGUGGAUAUUGUUGUUCAAGAUCUUAAAGAAGUGGUUGAUAAACUUAAAGUUGAACAGUGAUCRAGAUGAAUAAUUUAUGAUUGUAAAAAGUUCAACAAUUUCAUAUAAAUAAUUUCUCUUAUAAUAUCACACUUCACUAAGUUUAGAUUUUUAUUAUGAUUGAAUUAAAGUGUGCUCAUUUGCAUAGGCUCUAUGAGCAAGGA